ACCCAACCCUGCACACGCAGCCAAGAUUUGUGCCUAAGUAGGGCAGUUGCAACACUCAGGCCACCCGUCUUCCACGGAAGACUCGCGCCACCAACACGAACAACGACACGCUGCCGCGUCAGCCAAGGGACUAGCAUACGGGCAGGGAACGUAGACUAGUGCACGGCGAACUGGCCGAUUGGGACGCGGUCCCUUGUCUCAACAUUCCUUGACCUGUGACGCCUUGUCAGCCGUGCGGUGAUUUCGCCAGCAUGUGCUAGCAGCGUUCCCGCGCGCAGGAAAUGACCACCAGCACGGCGUACAUUGUCGUGCACACUUCCAGAUAGUACUCCCCUCGUUAGAGUCACACACGUUGCCAGCGUGGCGAUGGCGCUGCGGACGGCGCGAUCGUCGGCGCAAAAGCUGGCGGAGGUGCUGCCGUCCAAUGUCGUCGCUGACAUCUACCGGUGCUCGUUCAAGAAGCAGACGGGCGUGAGCCUCAAGAACAUGAUGGCGCACGGCGCCUUCCCCACAGAGCGCAACCUGCUGUCGUCCGCGCACUUCCUGCAGCACGAGCUGCCCAUCCGCCUGGCGCACCGCGUCACGGAGCUCGAGAACCUCCCCUUCGGCCUCUCCACCAAGUCGCCCGUGCUUAAGGUGCGCGACUGGUACGUGGACUCGUUCAAGGACAUCCGCGGCUUCCCCGCCAUCGAGAGCCGCGAGGACGAACUGCGCUUCACGCACCUGCUGGCGCAGGUCAAGCUGCGCCACAACAACGUCAUCCCCACUCAUGGCAUGCACGGGAUGGGAUGGGAUGACAUGGCAUGGCAUGGCAUGGCGUGGGAUGGGAUGGCAUGGCAUGGCAUGCCAUGUAUGGCACGGUAUGGCAUGGCAUGGCAUCGCAUGGCAUGGCAUGGCAUGGCAUCGCAUGGCAUGGCUCAACAUGUGGCAUGGCAUGGCAGAUGGCGAUGGGCAUCAACGAGUUGAAGCAGGACCUGGGGCGCAAGGGGCGGCUGGACGACCUCCUGGAGAUCCACCAAUUCCUGGACCGCUUCUACAUGUCGCGCAUCGGCAUCCGCAUGCUCAUCGGCCAGCACGUCGCUCUGCACGACCCCAACCCACCACCGCACUUCAAUGGGCUCAUCUGUACCAAGGUGUCGCCAGUGGACGUGGCGCGCAAUGCCGUGGACGAUGCACGGUCGGCGUGCAUGCGCACGUAUGGCUCCGCGCCAGGAGUGGAGAUCUACGGCGACCCUGACUUCACAUUCGCGUACGUGCCGACGCAUCUCCACCAGAUGGUGUUCGAGCUCUGCAAGAACUCACUGCGCGCCGUGCAGGAGAGGUUCGCCGAUGCUGACACCGACUCUCCGCCCAUUCGACUCGUGGUGGCAGACGGCAUCGAGGACGUGACUAUCAAGAUAUCGGACGAGGGGGGCGGCAUUCCGCGCAGCGGGCUGCCUCGCAUCUGGACGUACCUCUACACCACGGCGCGCUCGCCCGCUGCUGGCGGCGCACUGCAGGACACCCCCUCCAUCAUGGCUGGAUACGGGUACGGUCUACCUAUCAGUCGGCUGUAUGCGCGCUACUUCGGCGGCGACUUGCAGGUGGUGUCCAUGGAGGGGUACGGCACGGACGUGUACCUGCACCUCAACCGCCUCGCCAAUGUGCAGGAGCCCUUGCCAUAGGGGUGUGCUGCCUGGAGGAUUGCAAGGGGUCAGCACAUCUACACCACCUGCCACUCAUUCGUUUGUUCGAGCCUCGAGUUUGAAACGCCCCUUCCCUCCUAUAAGGUGUGGGACCUUUUGCCCUUGGUGUAGGUGUAAGGGCCCAACUAGUUGCAGGGUCCUCCCUAGGCUUUUUCCACUUUCUGAUGAUCAGACGGGCCCCUUCGGCCCCGUCUGAUCAUCAGAUGUGUGGAUUUUAUUUUCCUGGUUUCCCAGAUGAAAUGAUUACCGAUUUUUGAAAAUUCAGAUGAAGCCUUGUUAAUUUUAUGAUCGUCACACUCCAGUUUAGCUGCGGUUACAGCGAGUGGUCAAAAUAGUGAAGGCAGGUCCAACUUGAAGAGGCCCCGACGUCCGUUUUUGCGACUAAGGGACAAAACUGCGAUGGGGCAGAGGGUGUUAAAAUUAUAUAAGUUAUAAU